GUCAAAUGGAAGCUGUCAGCUGUUAUGGAUAGUGAAGACAACUCGGAGAUAGUUUAACCGAUCCCUUGACGGUAUGGCUUCUCCAUUGACAACAGUGACCCCAGCAAGGGAUGCAGUGAGAAUUAAAGUAAUUCAGCAUAGCAGAUAUGAAGUUGAUUCCCAGUGUUGUCGCUUCAGCGUUGACCCAGGACUCACUGGCUAUGAGGUCUUGCGGAAUCUUAUUGCAAGAGCAUUUGAUCUAAAGGGUGAGUUCCAGACUUGCUACUUGGCUCGUGAUGACAGAUUUCCAGAAGCGUGUUGGGUCCCGAUGUUGUCUGAUUUUGACUUGGAAAUGGCUUUUGUCAAGUCUUCAGACCCUUACCUUUUGGUGAAGGUGGAAAUCUUAUCCUCAAAUGGCACUUGGGACGCUGUGACCAACAUGGACAUUCCAAAGCUCUCCCUACCAGAUCUUCCUAGAAAUAAUUAUUCUACUAAGCUCCCAGGAUUGUUUAAAGAAAAGAUGGAAAAGACUCUCUCUAUAGUACAGAAAGCCUUAAACUGGAAUGAUGAAGCUGGUGAUGAAGCUUCCUUGAGACCACCCCGCCCUCCCUUGACUGACAGUGAAUUCCAGAAUAUGCUGAAUCGGGUGGGUCAGUUGGCUCAACCAAAAGAAUUGCGAUUAUGUGUUUACCUUGGCGGCUUGGAACCUUCACUAAGAAAAGUGGUGUGGAAACACUUGUUGAAUGUGUAUCCAGAAGGGCUUACUGGGCGUGAAAGGCUGGACUACAUGAAGAAGAAGACUCAGGAGUAUGAAAGCCUCAAAAAUGUCUGGCAAGAGCAUAUGAAGAAUGAAGAGAAGCAGAUAAGUGAGGAAGUGAAGUAUGUCACCAAUAUGGUUCGUAAGGACGUCUUGCGCACUGACCGUCACCACACUUACUUCAGUGGACCUGAUGACAACAGCAAUGUGCAAUCUCUCUAUAAUAUUUUAACCACGUAUGCUCUGAAUCAUCCUUCUGUUGGUUAUUGUCAAGGAAUGAGUGACUUGGCUUCUCCACUCUUAGUCACCAUGCGUGAUGAAGCACAAGCAUAUGUUUGUUUCUGUGCCCUUAUGGCUCGGGUGCAUUCCAAUUUCCACAUAGAUGGGGAUGCUAUGACUCUGAAGUUCCAGCACCUUACAGAAGCUCUCAUUUUCUAUGACUUGGAAUAUUUUACAUACCUUCAGCUGCAUCAGGCUGAUGACUUGCUGUUUUGCUAUCGGUGGCUGCUGCUGGAGUUGAAGCGAGAGUUUGCAUUUGACGAUGCUCUACACAUGCUGGAGGUUUUGUGGAGUUCUCUUCCUCCAGAUCCACCUGCAGAAUCUCUUCCACUCUAUGAGGUUUCAUUUAAUCCUGUUCAAGAGCCGGAGGUCCCACUUCCACCACCAACACCAAGACAGAACCAUUAUGCCAAUGUAUGUGCCCUAAGACGUCAGAGGUCAUGUGUUUCAAACAGAAGUGCUGAGUGCCUUGCUGCCAUACUUAGUAGAAGGGCGGCUAGUGUUGACUGUGAUGGUGCAGAUGUUGGUGCAGGUGGGAAGAGACUAAGUCGAACAUGGUCUCAGCCCAUUGACACAUCUCACCUACGAACAAGAAUACCUAGUGGCGAGGCAGGCAUUAAUGUUGAUAGAAUCAGAGAGGAAAACACAUCUCCAGAAGAUAGUCCCACUAGGAAUGUUAGAAAAAUUAGAAAUCUAAGAGAAUUCCAGCUUCUAACAAAAAAUAGAGACUCAGAUACUGAGAGUAAUCCUGGCUCACCGAGCAAGGAUUCCAAGAAUACUCCCACUAGAAAAAAAAGUGAGGCAGCUAAACAAAUAUCAGGAGACAUGAAAGCCAGCAAUAAGUCCAGAAGAUGUUUUUCGGAUUCUGAUGCUGAUGUUGGCGUACCAGUUUACUCAGAUGGUGGGGAAGUUGAUGUUUGGCAGAAUCCUGUGGCAACACUCUCACCAGAGACUGACCAACAAUUACAGAUAAUAUGUCAAGAGGAGCAGCCAUCUGUGGUACAGCAGCUUAAACCAAAAACUAACGGCCAACAUCAAACAUCAGAAAAGACAGAGGAGAAUGAUACUUCAAUGAAUAUCAGUGUCAAUUCUUGUGAAGAGGUGACAGAAGUUACGGGAUGGCAAGUAACCAUGAGCACGGGGGAGAAUCAUGUGCCGACAAUGCCACCCCCGGAAGAGUUUGGUGGUGGUAAUCCUUUUCUCAUGUUCCUGUGCCUAACUCUUCUGUUGCAGCAUCGCGAGCACAUCAUGCAAAAUAAUAUGGACCACAAUGAAUUGGCAAUGCACUUUGACAAGAUGGUUCGGCAACACAAUGUGAAUAAGGUGCUAGCUCAGGCACGCCGUAUGUUUGAGGCAUACCUUAAAUUAGAUUUUUCCAAAGCACGCUCUAAGAAUACUCCUCCAAAUUCUGUAGGCGACCAAUCUUGUUAAAGUUCACCAAGUAGAUUAUUUGAAAUUGUUAAAAUAUUUGUUCACAUUCCUCAAAGCCUUGAGAAAUAAGACCUAAUUCAAUUUGCUUUUGCCUACAGUAAGAUGUUGCAUUAUGUGCAUAGGAAGAAAAAAAUGUUCAAAUACAGUAGUGUAAGCAAUUUUGUAAAUAUUUAGUAUCACAGAAUAUAUGUUACCCUAAAAUUGGUAUCAGUACCUAAUAAGUGUGCUCCCUAUAUCCCUCAGAUGUAUCCACUUUAUUUGGUAUACAACUCCUUUUUUUUCCAUUUUGUAGACUUUAACCUAAAUUCUCAACUCUCAGGAACCCUCAAGGUUUCCUUUUGGUGACUAUUUCUGUAACAGAUAAGUCAGGUGUUUAGUAUUCAAUGCAAUACAAAUAAUUAUGGUUCUUUUUAUGGCAUUUAUCAUCAUCUGAGUUAAUCAUAUUUUUUCAUACAUUGAAUCAUCUUGAACAUUUAAUCAUAUGAAUCAUAUUUGAGCACAGAUAUUUGGUAUUUCAUUUUGUACUGUGUGUUUCAAUCUUGGUUAUAUUUUAGAAGUGCUUGUUACUUUCCAGUAAUCUUUUUUUCUUUAGAGUGUAAUAAUGUAAAUAUGAUUAUCAGGUAUCAAAUCUUGAUUGUUUUACUCUUUUGUGCAAUGGUAGUGUGAAGAGGAUAUUUUUAGUUAGAGGAGUGUGUUGUGACUAGACUAGGAUUCCUUUGUUUCAUGAAUUAGCAGAGACUCAGCUAAGCCUGUAUAUUCACAUUUCUUGCAUUUAAUCUAUGCAGGGCUUGAUAUUGCAGACUCCUUUUUUUAUAUGUCUAUCACAUUUAUGAAAUAAGUAAUGAUACCAUCAUUGAAAGCCUUUGGCAAAGUAAAAUCAGUGUUAUAGAUAGGCUAGUGAUUCAUGUUACAAAGAGCAAAACAAAGGGAAGAAAGAAAACUAAAAGCUUUGAAUAGAAGUUACACAACCAUUUGUAUUCAAAAUCACAUAAGUGUAAAAAAAAGAUGUUACAUGUAUACAGGCGAGUAGACUGACAUCCUUGAUCAUAUCAUUCCAAAGCCCAAACUUUUUUAGGUUUAAGGAAUAUGCAUGUCUUGGUUCAAGCAGAGGCUAUUUUUUUCCUCCCAGGAGCAUUGGGUAUGGUUGUUGAGGCAUUGAAGUUAAAACCCCUUCAUGCUUUUAUAUUUUCAGUUAAAGGUGCCUUAGCAGCAUUUAACAAAAUGUGAUAAUUUGAAACAUGAGAUAUCUGAAGUUUGAAUGAGGAAUACGUGAGUGAUUGAUGUUCAUUGUACAGGUUUCACUUCUAUGAUUGAUCUGCAAUCCCAAAAGACUGGAAAAUUUAGAAAAUAAAGAAGGAUAAUGUUAUUUUAUGAGAAAUAUACUCUUAGACUUUAAAUAGGGAAAUGUCAUAUCCCAAUAAUGGAUGGCUUUUCAACUCCUAACUUAAGUUUAGAUGAGGAUAGCACAUUAUCAGCUAGAAUGACUAGAGUAUGGAAGAUUUUUUUCCCAUGGAAACUUGUCAUUACAGUUCUGUUUGUUCCAUGAAUUAUUAACAUGGUGAAAGAAGAAAUGUUUUUUAUUAUUUUUAGAGGACUUGUAUAGAAAAGUGGAUGCAUUGUAUUGACCCAGAUUUAUUCUGUGUUUUAUUAUAUUGAUAAAGUAAUUACAUACAGAAUGCACACACAUACUAGUCAGGGUAUUCGGAAGACAGCAUAUUGCUAAGAAUGAGAAUGUCAUUAUCUUUUCAGGUCUUGCAGAUUUCUCUCUUGCAGCAAAAUGGAAACUUCUAGUAUUCACAGUUAUUUUUGGUGCUAUUUCUGCCUACCUCACCAUUUCUUCUUUAUUGUCAUUUUUUUAUUUAGAUGAUGGCCAGGGGGUAAUGCUAACAUCAGUUUAAGAGAGCACAUUAGUGUUACAAAAAAAUGAAAUAAAUACUAGUCAUGUAAUACAAGAUAACUUUCAACAAAUUAAUUUUCAUAAAUCUGUAUGACUCCUGCUCUGUAUUUUUUUACAACUCACGACAUUAUUUUUCAUUAAUGUUCAUGGAUAUCAUCCUGCAUACUGGAUUUCAAGGGCCUAGUGCUGUGCCCCAGCAUUAGGCCAACCUUAAAAACAUAUUUUGGUAUCUAUCCCCAGAUGACUCUACUGUUGAACAAUAGGUAAGUCAUGAAUUAUUGCUGCACUAAAUCACAUAAUUUUAUUAUUAUUUUUUAAGAAAUUAGUUUUAUUAUUUUGUAGACUGAAUGUCUGGUCACUUUACCACUUUUGAAUCUGCUUGAGGGUGGGAAUGUUAUCAGGGUCCAGUCCAGUACAGUAUAUGUACAUUUCUUUGUUUAUUUGUUUCACCAAACUUUACCAUGUGUCACAUAUUUCAAGUUUUUAUAUAUUAUUAUUCUACUCAUUGUAAUAUUUCCCCCCUAGUAUAGUAGAAAGGUUUCUGGAAAAUAUCUUUACAUAACGGAAGGAUUAUGUUUAAAGCAAAGAUUUUUGCUCUGUACCCAAAAAUAUUGGCUGUAAAAUACUGAAUAAAGAGAAAAUAUCUUA